UUGCAGCAUAUUCCCAUUUAUUCUUGUUCCGUAAGGGCAGAUAUUGACAGCUUCUCUUCGCUUUUCCUGUAGGGGGCGCUCUGGCGCUGUUCAGUCCGCCGGUAAAACCACUGAAGGAAGAGCGAAGGCUGCCGCGCUGACUGAGACUGAGAUGUUGAGCAUGAAAGCGCAGAUGGAUGUGAUCUGCUGUAAAUCAGUAGGAACUGAUCUGUCCAUGAUGGAUAUUGAGGAUUUCAUCAGUGAAAUCUGUCAGCUGAAGAAAGAGGUGGCGUCACUGGAGGCAAAGCUGAGAGAAAGAGGAGACAAACCCAACAGAGAGGAUCUGGAGAAGGUUUCAGUGUGUGUGACUGACGGGACAGAAGCUCAGGAUUCAGUCUGGAGAUCCAGAGACACACAGGACUCAGAGCUCAGCCUCACUUUACUGUGUUAUACUGACGCUCAGGAUCAUGGAUCCGCUGAUCAAACCUCUGACUGUAACGCUGGAGAACAGCAGAUGCUGCAGACGCCGCUGAAGAUGUGCUCCGUCAAACUGGUGGACUGCAGGAACCUGAUAGAGAGCAGAGGAGAAGAAACCACAGCAGAGGAACAACAACAGAGACACGAGGAGGAGGAGGAUGAAGAUGGGAGUGAUGAUUAUAAUGAGGAUGAUGAAGGAAAUGAGGAUGAGAAUAAUAGAAAUGAUGACGAUAAUGAUUUUAUUCCUUCAGAUGAGAAUGGCAGUUCACCAACUGAUGAAGAAACAGUCUCAACAUCAAAAGAUCAACUGAAGAUCAAGAGUUUUUCCUGCACCACCUGUGGGAAAACAUUGAGUUCACAGCGUAAUUUAGUGAGACAUGAGAGAACACACACAGAACAGAAAGAUUUCACCUGCAAGAUAUGCAACAUCAGCUUUCCUACCUUAGAAGAGAGGAGACGUCAUUCAAAAGAGCACAACGUGAAGAAGGAGUUUCACUGCGAACAGUGCGGGAAGGAUUUUUUCACGACUCCUUCUAAUAUGAGAGUUCACAUGAAGUCACACACUGGUGAAAAGCCUUUCCAAUGCAGCGAAUGUGACAAGAAUUUCAGCACCAAAAGAAGUCUUACUGCUCACAAACGAAUACACACGGGUGAAAAGCCUUUCCACUGCAGUGAGUGUGACAAGAAUUAUACCACCAAAGGGAAUCUCGAUGCUCAUAUGAGAAUCCACACGGGUGAAAAGCCGUAUAAGUGCCCUCACUGCGAGAAGAGCUUCAACCACAAACCCCAUCUGAAGACCCAUGUGCGUGUUCACACCAAUGAGAGGCCGUAUCAGUGCAGUGAAUGUGGGAAAACCUGUAAGGACUCAAGUUCUCUAAGAUCACACCAAAUAAUACACUCUAAGGAGAAACCAUAUCAGUGUUCACACUGUGAGAAACGAUUCCGUCACAAAUGUAGUUUGAUUCAUCAUGAGAGGACUCACACUGGAGAGAAACCGUACCUGUGCUCCUACUGCGGGAAGAGCUUUUCUAAUCCAGCUCAUUUUACAUUUCAUCAGAGAGUUCACACUGGAGAAAGACCGUAUCGCUGCAGCGUUUGUGGGAAGAGUUUCAGUAAAUUUGAUACCUUACAAAAGCACAAGAGGAUUCAUACAGGAGAAAGACCGUACAAGUGUUCUCAGUGUGACAAGGCGUUCGCUCGAUUAGACAUCCUGAAGACUCAUGAGCGAGUUCAUACAGGAGAGAAACCUUACCGCUGCUGCAUCUGCGGCGAGAGAUUCACUUAUUUAGGUAGUUUUUAUACUCACCAGAAGAAACACACUGAAGAACAAACUGCUCCAGAAUCAUCAUAGUGUCUUUUCAUCAGUAAAUCUGGAUAAAAGACUCAUCCUGAAACUGUACAUUGAGCUCUUUCUGCCAGUAGGGGGCAGUGUCGCAUUGAGCUUUCAUGUGAUUUGGGAGAGUAGAGAUGGAUUGAACCAAACUCAGUAAAUAAAAUUGUGUUAGACUGAAUAGAACAAUGAUUGUACCUUAAACGUGACAGAUGAACUCGAUCUAUUAAAGGGAACCCCUGGUGUUAA